AUGGCGGAUCUUCCAUUUUCUCUGGCCGCGCUGCUUGGGAUGGCCAACAGUAGCUCCACCACACAGCGUGGCCCAUCCAUCACGUUGCUGACGCUGCCCGGCCGCGGGCUGGUUGGUGCGGCUAUCACACCGAAUGGACAGGAGCCCGGCUUUCCGCUGCCGCUGGGCCUGCUGCAGAGCCUCGGCGGCCAGGUUUCUCGGCCCACCGAAGAAGACGCAGCGGCAGAUGCUUUAGGUGGAAUUAUGAGAAUGAUGAUGGAGCAGAUGGCGCAGAUUGCCAUGCAACGCAGCAUGGAGGAAUCUGGCCCCAAAGUCCCACCCGCGAGCGAGCGAGUUCGAGAUGCUCUUCCGCGGGUUGUCGUGACAAAGGAGGACUUGCUCGACGCCACCAACUCCAAGUGCUCUGUUUGCUUAGAGGACUACCGGCCCGGCGUUCGUGCCACCAGGAUGCUUUGUGGUCACCUCUUUUGCACCUCCUGCAUAAGGGAGUGGCUCAGGGAGGCUAACAGCUGUCCCGUCUGCCGGUACGAGUUGGCGACGGACUGCGAGGACUUCGAGUCCGGACGGCGCACGCGGAUGUCGGGCCGCACAGUUCGCCUCCGCGCCGCGGAGCUCCGGAUGCUUAGGAUCUCUGAGCUGCGGAGGCUUAUGGACGCGCUUGGCGUCUCCGGCGAAGGUUGCCUUGAGAGAGCGGAUCUGUUGCGUCACUUGGAGGGUGCCCCAGAUGUGGAGGUUACACCAGAGGUUUCAGCAGCCAUGGCAGAGAAGCAGCAUCGGUACGACCUGCGAGAUCUUGAGAAGCUGGAACUCCCACUGCUUCGGAAUCUCAUGGAGCGCCAUCGCGUUCCUUUUGAUUUGGAGGAAGAGCUCUCUGAGGAGGACGAGCGAAGAGUCGCCCUCUGCUCUUUUGCCGAUUCGGGUUGGAUGCGUAAAGCUUCCAAGACGCCCUCGAUGCCUUCGAGUUCGAGGAGCGAGUUUAAGAGGGAGCAGGAGCCCAAGGAGGUCGCGAAACCCAAGGACAAGGAGCCAGAGGAACUGAAGGAAUCUGCAGAAUCCAAGGAAGCCUCGGCUUCUGCUGCAAUGAGGAGCCCCACGAGGUCUCAGACUGAGGAGGGGAGAGACCAGUCUGCUGCCUGCGAAGCCUCUGAAGCUCGCAGCCGCCCUGACACGGGCGCCGAGCGGGCGGAAACUGAAGAGUCGCAGCCAAACUCCACCGGCCGAGGCGGGGCGGUCUUUGCUUCGGCUUUCAGCCAAACGCUUCUUUUGGCGGGCACCGCAAAAGCAUAUUGUUUGGAUGUGUUCAGGCAAGGCCAGCCGGCCCAGUGGCCCGCCGCCAGCGAGGCGCCGGCCCCGGCCCGGGGCGUCUGCGGAUACCGGAAGCUCCAAAAGCGUGGCGUGCUGUUGCCGGGGCUACCAGACCUGGCGGUCGCUGGAGGGCUGUCCACCGCAUCCCGCCUGCUAGCAGACAGGUCAUCCAGAGGCAAGAACGGCGAGGUCCUGACGCCUGGAGAACUGGUGGAGCUGGCCGAAGACGCGCUUUCGCGGGAUGUGCUUGCCACCCUGGCAGCGCUGGAGCACCAGAAUGCCGACGACCCCAGCCUGGUCUCUGCGCUGGCGGAGCGCAUCGUGGUCCUUGCUGCUGCCAUGCCUCUGGAAGAUGCUCUGGAAGCGCUUGCCUUGCUGAGAAGUCAACCACAGAAAGCAGUGAGGCGCCAAACGGGGGCCAUCCACGAGAUUGAGCUGCGCUUGGUACAAUGCGCCCAGGAACCGCGUGGCCUUGUUCGCGUCCUGGCAGCCCUGAGCCGCCUCAGCCGGGCGAGCCCGCUGCCACCGUGGCUGCUGGCAUCACUUACGAGCAUGGCCCCAGAGCUCCGAGGCCUCAGCUACCAUGAGCUGGUGUCUGUCGAGCUGGGCUUCGAAGCACUGGGUUCCUCGGCCACGCUCUCGGAGCUUCUUCGGCAGCAGCGUGGACUCUUCCUUCAAGAGGCUCCCCUGCGAACACUGCUGCGGGAGCUGGAAGCAUCUUCACAGGCUUUGCCCGCAUGGCUUCUGAGGAGCCAACUGGCUGAGGCCGCCUUGCUGGACAGCUUCGUGCAGCGCUUGGAGGCGCUGGGUGAUCGCAGCGCCGGGGAGUUUCAAGACCCUUUCCUCUGCUUUGAGCUCCUCCAUGCAGAAGGACGACUGCCGAGUGGCUUCCUUCUGUCGUUAGCAGCCUGGGCCCGGCGCUGCCUGCGCCGUGGCUCUCGGGAGGCUUCAGCUCGAAUUACGGCCCAGCGGCUGUGUGCUCUGGACGAUGCCUUUAUGGCCCGUGGUAUGAUUGGCUCCCGGGAGACUCUGGAUGCAGCCAUUCGGGCCUUCGUGGUCUUUGGCCCGCCAGUGGAAAAAGAAGUUCGGGAUGCAAAACUGAAGCAGCAUGGCAUUUACAUGUGCUACCGACAGCUGUUCCCAGACAAGCACAUCACGAUGACUUGCAAACUCAAUGCACAUGAGAAAGAGCGAGUUGAGCGCGAGGAGAUGCUCGCAAGAGCCAGAGAGGCUCACAAGGAGCAGCGCGAGAAGGAAGAGGAGUUCCGAAAGGCCAUCAACAGCGAUCCGCCGGAGCUGAGAAAGGCUGCGGAGGACAUCAUGGAGGCAGACUAUGGUACCGAGAUCAAGGUCCAAGGCCGUCGUGGCUUGCCACUCCGAUUGCUAACGCGACGCAAGGAGGUGGCCUGGAUCUGGGCUGGAGAGGUGCAGGAGCUGAUUGGCGGGGGUGCGCCAGAUGACACUUUCACUCAGUAG